AUGCAGUUCUCACUCUCCAUCCCGGUCUUCGUGUGCGCCUUCCUUGAUGUGAUUUUGGCGGCAGAUGUGCGUUCGAGCAACCCCGCGAUUAUCAUGGUCCCUGGAGCCUUCCACUCGCCCCAAGUUUUCGACAAGGUGAAACAUCAGCUCUCUCAAGACAAGUUCCUCGAUCCCAUUGCUCUGCCCUCAGUUGGGCAUGUGGUUGGUCGACAACCCGACAUUGAAGCUGUCAAGUCGGUUCUCUACAAGCAUCUCAAUGCGGGCCGGGAUGUGGUUUUGGUUGGUAACAGCUACGGUUGCACUGUUAUUGGAGAAGCUGUCAAGGGCGCUCCUCGCUACUCAGCCUCAUCAUCCAGCGCUCUUGUUGCCGGAUCCAAAGCCCGCGGUCGCAUCGUCUCGCUCAUAUAUCUUGCCGGCUACAUCCCCACCAUCCAGGAAGUGGAUCAUCCCGAGACCAAGCAGGAUAUACACUUCGUUUCUCCCGCAUUAUUCAAAUACCACGACAACACGGGCGAAGUCACGUCGGACGGCGACAAAGACCUUCCUCCCCAGAAAGCCUUCUACAACCUUUUGCCGACGAAGGAGGCUGAUUACUGGACUAGCAAGCUCAGCUUCUCCUCGUUUGACGCCUUGAACGCUACUGCGACAUACAUCCCAUAUGCGGGAGACUUUAACGUGGUUUACGUUGUCGGAAGUCAGGACAAGUCGGUUCCACCUGCGUGGGCGCAGACUUUUAUCGAUCAGCCGGGUGCCAGGUUCACCGUUGAGCAUCUUGACGCGGACCACGUUUCGAUGUUGAGCAAACCAAAGGAGGUAACCGACCUAAUUGUUAAAUACUCCAAACAUUCCGUAUUUAGGCACUAUUACGAUACAAUUGGGUGA